AUGAAAUUUAGUCCUGAUUCAAAGUUAAUGAAAAGGUGUUUCGAGGAAAUUCUUGACACAUUCAUCAAUUUAGAUAUACAAAUACAACAAAAUCCUGAUAACGAAAUUUAUCAAUAUUUAUUUAAAGUAACAUCUGAUAUAUUUUUUGCUUAUUGCAAUGUCAAUAACUUUUUCCUCCCUUCACAUUUAGAUAAAAUAUCCAAAUGUACAAAUAAGGAUAUUCUAUGCAUAGUAUUUGAACAUUAUUUACCCCUUUUAUUUGGUAUAGAGAUAACUCAAAUGUUAUUACCAUUACCAACCACAGAAGAAUUUUAUAUACAGUAUACACCAAAUUCCAAUACUAAGCGAAAAAACACUAAACAAUUAUUGGAAGAUUGGUUCUCAAAGCUUUAUGACAUAUAUUACACUCUAUAUUAUGAGGCGAAUAAUGCAACAAAUGAAUUUAAAAAUUAUUUAUUUGCUUUUUGUGAAACAAAAUUAUCAGAAUCAAAAUUUGUUAGAAAUAAGAAAAAAU